GGCGUCACUGAUCGAUCAAUAAGUGUGUCUCAUAGCGUGUCUCACCAUGCAUAUUCAGGCUAGGUGCGUUCGUGCAUCUAACGCUCUACAUGUGGAACUGAGGUCCUACCUACUAUGAAAGGCAGACAGUCAGCACUUCAUCGUCCACCACCCCGCCCCCCGUCUGCAGUGCAGGUCUGCAGUCAGUCAGCCAGCCAUUCAGCCACCAAACACUUGGGUUGCGCGCACAAGACUCGAAAAAAUGCCCAUGCACGCCCCGCCAAGUUGGGCACACCCAUACACACACGACGCGACGCCCCAAACACCCAAUCACCACACCUACUAGAAGGCGGCACACAUGUAUGUAUGUAUGCAUGGAUGCAUGUAUGUAUGUAUGUCUGUGUUGUGUUGAUUGAAUCAUUCGUUCAUUCAUUCGACGGAUUCCUGCGAUGGUUUCUCGCCUUGCUGCGGGUUGCCGUAGCUGGAGGCGACGCUGUUGCGGGUAUGGGGCCGGUACAGAGACGACCCCGCGCUGUCACGCCGAACGAUGGACCCUGCACCCAAACAUGUAACAGAUGAGGGCCGAAUGGUGGCAGGGGCGAGUUCCUGCUCCUGUCCAACGUGGCUCCUCUCACUUUGUUGUGGUAUGGGAUGGAUGCGCAGGUCACCCCAGCCGUCCAUCUGACUCAGCCCUGACACAUACACACACACACACACACACACAUACCCAGAAUUUGUGGCUGUGUGCGUCUCCUGUCAUGUCCCAUCUACCUGAAGGAGGUGCCAUGACGUCGUCUGCCUUCAUCCGUUCGGCCACGGGCACCAGCCGGUCCCAAAACACGUAGGAGCACACCAGCGAGAAACCAACCAGCACCACAGAGGGAAUCGCCACCAGGUUGUUGACCGACGCCUCACCGGCUGCAUCAUAUCAACACACGCAGGCACACAACGGUGUGACGUCCUUGUGUUGUGCUUGUGCGCCGCUUUAUAUUACCAACGGCACCGGCGAUCGAGAUCAUGACAUUGCCAACCACACGACCAAAUGUGCCUGGUGCCACCACGCGAAAACACAAGAGACCGCCAUCCAUCCAUCCAUCCAUUUGAUGCCCCAGCUUCACUCAGAUACCAGCUUCGGUUGAAAGAAAUCCGCUGUUGAAUAGGCCCUUGCUCAUGACCUUGGGCAUCACCUUGGACAGCAGACCCAUGUUGACACCCUCCAACACCUACACAAAUGCAGACACACACAUACAGAUCAGUCGAUUGCGCCUCUGGCUGGCCCGUCCAUUCCGCCCACCUGCGCCGAUAUGAAGAGUGUGAAUCCGCCUAUCAGAUACUGCACCACGGUGAAGGAGCUGCUGUUCAGCUCAAAGGUCAACGCGCUGCCUGUGCACACGAAAAGACGGCACACAUACAUGGGUGCCGUGUUUCGUCCACGUAUGUGCCUUCCUUCUCGGUGAUCGGUUCAUUUUUGCUCACGAGCUUCCUUACCCAGUCCAAGAAGGAAGAGCGAGAUGCUCUGGCCAACACGGUCGGGGAUCAUCUGAGACAACUUGCCUGCAUGACGAGGGAGAACAAUGCACCGUGGUUCUCACAUGUCUGUCUGUGUCUUUGUGAACGCGGCGCUCACCGACGGCCAGGUUGGUGGGCAGGACGAGCAGGCCGAUGAUGGCCAGCAUAUUGCCCACAGCUGCGUCGCCCCAGCCGAAGAAGUGCGCGGUCACGAGGGGCGCUGCCGUCUGGAAGGCCUCCUGCACCAGCUUGAGCACGAAAUAAACCCACAGGCACACCACCGUGCCCGACGGGUCCAUAACGGACUUGGUCGGCUGGCAUGACACACACGAGAAGGAAGAGAAAGAAGAGGAAGGCGAUCUUUUGCGGCUCCUGGCUGUCCAUCCAUCCAUGCAUCCAUCUAUGCGUACAUCUUUGAGAGAUCUAAAUGAAGAUGAUGCUGCUGGCAUGCCGUCCUCAAUGGUCUCGUCGCCCUCCUCAAUCGCAAGCAGCGGCUCCAACAGGUCAUUAUCACGGCUGCAGAACCACAGGUCACACACACACACACACACACACCGAGAGAGAGAGAGAGACAGCCAGCCGGUUGCUGUGUGCACUUGGUUGGUCGUCAUAUAUACCUUUUUGCGUAUUUCCUGAUGGGCUCAGUGAAUGCCAGCCACGUCAUGAAGAAGAAUAUGAACCAAAGGAUGGCCAUGAUCCAGCCGGGGGCCGUCAGGGGAUUCACAGGCAGACCAAACACCUGCAAUACGCAUAGACGCACGGAACGGGGAUGUGCGCACACGCCGUUAGCUGACCGAGAAGUUGAUCAUGUUGAGCAACGUCUGGCUGCCGGGCCCGACGGUCAUCCCCAGUGACCCCACGGCGACAAAUAUCGCCGACUGGAAGGUCUUCUGGUCGAUCGUCACGAAAUCCGCUAUGUACCGACGGUUCACCGCCCGAUUCCCGCCAAGACCCACAAUCAGACGGGCUGCACACAGCCACAAGACACAUACACAUAGACAUAGACAUAGACAUAUGCAGACAGGAGAUGUAGAUGAGCACAGGUGGCUGGCUGACGUGGCUUACCCAGGAAAAGCAGUGCAGGGCUGCCGAACGGCAAGGCCAGAGCGUAGAGGAGGUUGCCGAGCACUAGGAUGAUUGUGCAGAAGACGAGCGGCUGCUUGAAGCUGCGGUUGGACCAGAGUGAGUAAAUGACGGACGACAGCAGGGACGAGAGGGGCGUCAUGGCGAGCAGCAGACCCGACAGUGUGGCCCACAUGCCGAGAGCGCUGGCGUACUCGUUGGCCGUGGGAAUCACCACGUAGUAGUUGGCCAUGUAUAGAAACGUGUUGUAGUGAUUCAGAAACAAACUGACCACCACACACACACGUAUGCACAAGCGUCGUCGGUCUUCCGAUCUGUGUCCUCUCCCUCCCUGGCUCACCCGAAUGCAUCAGCCGCGCCGACGGGCUCGGCCUCAUAGUCGAUCUGCGCCUGGCCCGCCAGUGUGCUGUAGAACUUGGCCUUCCUGGCGGUGCGCAUGGCUCGGCGCUGGAAGGUCAGCAACAGCUCCUCGGUGUGCUUGCGCUCGAUGAGGUGGCCCUCGCCGUCCACAAUGGGCUCUGUCGUGCGGCCGUGCAGCUCGUUGACCUGGUGCCUGGUGAUCUUGCCCUCCCGCAGCCACUGGUCCUCCUUCUCACGCAUUGAGCUGAACAUGGCCUGGAGCUCACCCCACAGGCGGGGGAUGUUGGGCGACAGCCGCAGGUCGUCCAGACGAGAGGCGGUGUUGUCGGGUCUCAGACGCUGGCGCACGAAGUCUCUCAGGAGCCCCUCGCCAGUCGUGCCACGGUAUAUGAAGCCAGCCUGAUAGUGGAAGAGAGCAGCACGGAUGCGAUGAUGUCGUUUGCACACGAAAGAGGCUGACCAUUUUGGUCUUCUUUUCGCAUUUCUUGAGGAUCUUUCUGACUCCCUAUCACACACACACAAGCAGAGAUAUCACACGGGAAUGUGAGUGUGCGUUGCGAAAGAAGACCUCGGCGUUCAGCUCGGCGAACUUGAUGACGUCGGCCAUCUCCUCGGUCGUCUGGCGCAACUCGCCAUCUGACGCACGACGCAAUACUUCGAUGUAUCCGCAUAUCGUAUGCCGUUUGCUCGUCCUUACACAUGAGUGGGAGUGUGGUGGGCGAUAUGUAUGGCCAUCGCUUCUUGAGUGAGGCGAGGCUGUUGACGCCGCGCUUCAACACGUCCUCAUAGAAGAUCUGCACACGCGCGGCAGGCAGGCCAACGCAACAGGCAGGCGCAACGUCGUAGAUCAUCAUAGAUCAAUCAUUCCACGCUGCAUCUCUGCGAGUACUUACGGCGCUCUUGUUGAUCUCGUGGUCCAGCAGGUUCCCGAAUCUGCACACAGGCAGAGGCGCCGCAGACCCAUCCACCAUCCAUCAUACGCCGCCUUUCGGCUCACCUGUCGAUAGAUUCCUUGAUGUCGGCAUUUGGCUCCUGGGCUGUGAUCUUGGCAACAACUUCUUUGAUCUCUUUCUUGAGCCUGAGCACACAGAACGGCCAUCCAUUCACGGGUAUGCACAGCUGCUGCCACUUGAUGAUCACCUCUUAUAGUCAAUGUAGUAGCCCCGCCACUGCGGCAGACUCUCCUGCUCUAUCGUGUUGCCAAACUUAACCAUGAUUGCGG